AUGUCAUCGCGGAAAAAGGUCCUUUUGAAAGUCAUUAUUCUGGGCGACAGUGGCGUGGGCAAAACAAGUCUGAUGAACCAAUAUGUGAACAAGAAGUUCAGCACAAGCUACAAAGCAACAAUCGGCGCCGACUUUCUCACAAAAGAGGUCACGACCCUCCUCGCCACGCGACCUCCACCAGUCCUCACCGCACAAGCUCACCUCUCUUUCGCGUCUUUGAAACAGCUCUGGGACACCGCCGGCCAAGAGCGCUUCCAGUCCCUCGGCGUAGCCUUCUACCGCGGCGCCGACUGCUGCGUCCUCGUCUACGACGUUAACACGCCCAAAUCCUUCGAGACCCUUGAUUCCUGGCGCGACGAAUUCCUCAUCCAGGCCUCCCCGCGCGACCCGGAAUCCUUCCCCUUCGUGGUCCUCGGCAACAAAGUCGACGUCGGCGAUGACAGGCGAGCCAUCAGCACAAAGAGGGCCAUGACCUACUGUCAGAGCAGGAGCGGGAUCCCGUAUUUUGAGGUUUCGGCCAAGGAUAAUACCAACGUGGAGCAGGCCUUUGAGGUGGUGGCGAGGAAUGCGCUGGCUAUGGAGGAGCAGGAGGAAUAUGGCGGUGGCUUUGAGGAUCCGAUCGAUAUCAGUCUGGAUAAUGAGAGGGAUGGGUGUGCUUGUUGA